AUCCCGAUCAGCUCCAGACAGGUCCCUUUGUUAUCUGCUGAGCACAACAUGAGCACAUCUCACAGCGAGCUGAGUCCGAGGCAGCAGGAGUUACUGAAAAUACCAAGAGACAGCGACACGAAGGCUGCAGAACUGGUCAAGAUGGAGAAGAUGCUGCAGCAGACCAAGGACCUCUUGGACAAGAAGGCAGGACCUGGUACAGAGAGCACGGACUACCAAGAGAACAUGGUGGAGGACCUUGAGGAAAAGGUGCGGUCCAGCAGACGCUACAGGAGACACUCUCUCCAUCACACGCAGAUGCUGGAGAGCCAGAUGAAAACGGUGAAAGGUGAGCUGGUGGGAACAUUGGACCAUCUGCAGGAGCUGCGCAACAUCUUGCGACGGUCACAGCAGAAAGCUGAAGAGCGCAAAGCUGAGAUGGAGAAGUUGGCUGCAGGGUUAAGGUGAACGUCUGGCGUAACGUUUUGCACGUCAGCUCAGCUCUUCAACUUUAUACCCCACAAACAAAAACCAGACCUCAGCUGCUGGUCCCGCUGGUCCUGGAUGUUCUCACACUCAGCCGUGCCAAAGGAGGCUCUCCACAAGUCUCACCCAAAACUACAGUUUAGAAAGACUUUAGUCACUCUGUUACACCACCUCCUCAUUGAGAUUUGUCCUUUUCACAGGAAUCUGUGUGAUGUUUGUUCUGUCUUUGAGCACUGUCCUUACAGCUGCAGACUUCAGUUUACAUAAAAAGGUUCAAACUCUGUUUUCUUCUACAUGCAGGUUCUAUUACAUCAACCAGCACAUGUGAUCAGUUCGAUAGGAUGUCGGCUUUAUAUCCAUAUAGAUUUGUUACGCUGUGUACUAGCAGAGCGCCAAUAGCAGGAUGUGAUGGCUUGGUUAAGUUUGGCUUUAUGGUCUCUUUUAUAUAUACUUGUAUAUGUAUAUAUAUAUCCAGUGAAUUCAGAUGGAUCAAAUUUGGUUGGAAUAUUACUUAGAUGAAUAGCUAGAGGUGACUGCAGAAUAAUUUGGUCAAAGGUCAAGGAAAAAAAUGCUAAAAUUUUUUUUUAUUUUAUUUUUUGUACAUCUCAACAACCAAGAAGCUUAGAUGGAUGAUCUGAAGCCUAUGCUGAUGACCUGUAUACGAGGUCUAUUAGAUAAUAAACCGACCCUUUUAUUU